AGCACUCUUGAGGACCAUCUCGUCUCAUUCUCCAGAGAUCAGAUGUGACAACUGGAUCAGAAUGGAGAAGAGACAGGUUUGCCCAAGAUGACCCAGCAACUUAAUCACAGCAACAGGACCGGGCCUAGUUCCCCUGAAUCCCUCUUUCUGCUUUUCUAUGCUGACAGCACUUAAGGCCUCCUAUCUCAUGUCAAAGAUAGCCCCCUGGGUCUCGUUUUUAGCAACGUGCACACUCAGGUUAUUGCCAGGCUAUGUUGACUCAAAAGACACAGAACCGAAACUUCGAGUGAGGUGAUGCGUGGGAAGCUGACCUCUCCCAGGAUUUCACAAGUUCUGCUCACCACAAGGGCAUGCCCCCAUUCUAUAGACUGGGUGAGUAAGGCCCAAGAAGGAAAAAGCUAAAGCUCCAGCCCCUUUGUACUCAGCCCAAGGAACUGAGGUGCACCUGGGGUCCAAAAUUCAGCAUGUCCCCAAAUAGCCCACCAACAAGGAGGGGGUCUCUUAGCACUGACUUAGGAGAAGGGGAGCUCUGGAGGUCCUGGGGAGAGGCUGGAGUGGACAGGAGUCAGGGGCUCAAGCCCAAAGAGACCAGAGAUGCUGGGUCCAAAGCAGGGAGAAAUGGCCAUAGUGGUAGAGACACCCCAGCCUUGCUCCACCUGCCAGGGCCCCACUUACAGACACACACCCCCAGAGGCUCCUUUCUACUCCCUGCUCCAUUCCCUUCCUCAGAGGCAGGUCUGUGGCUUGGCUAGGAGCUCCAGGGACUGAGGGAGCACAGCAGCUGUGGGACAGGCAACAUAGCUAAAAGCCGGCGGGCCAUAGGGCCCCGCGGAGGAGGCCCCAGCAGGCGGACCAGGCUGCCCGAAACCUCCCAACGCUCCCAGCCUGUUGCUUAUUCAUUCAGAGUGGGAAAGCGCCAGCCCAGCGGCCAGCCAGUACCGGGCUGGCCAUGUAAGGCCCCCAGGCAGUCCUGCCUGUCCGGUGCCCUGCAGAGAGCCUCGUGCAGCCCUGGGCACCGCCCCUGCCCUGCCCUGACCCCUUGGCCUCGAAAUGCUGUCAUCGGAGGAGCAGUCCCGCUCGGGACAAGGCCAGGAUGGACAAAGCUAGAGCUGGGGCAGGCAAGGAGCCGUCCUGUCCUCGAGGCCGUGGGAAGAGAAGCACGUACAGGAGUACACUCCUGAGAGCCUCUCGGUCCACCAGGCCUCUGCAGAGGGGCCACCAUGGCUGUAGCCCGAGCAUGCUGGCAGCUGGGGGCCCUGGUGUGGGGCGCCUGCCUCUGCGUCCUGGUGCACGGGCAGGAGGCGCGGCAGGGGCAGGGCUCGGACCCGGGGCGCUGGCGGCAGCUGAUUCAGUGGGAGAACAACGGGCAGGUGUACAGCCUGCUCAACUCCGGCUCAGAGUAUGUGCCGGCCGGGCCCCAGCGCACCGACAGUAGCUCCCGGGUGCUGCUAGCCGGCGCACCCCAGGCCCCGCAGCGGCGCAGCCAAGGAGGCCCCCGGCGUCGGCAAGCCCCGUCGCUGCCCCUGCCAGGGCGCGUCGGCUCGGACACCGUGCGCGGCCAGGCGCGGCACCCGUUCGGCUUCGGCCAGGUGCCCGACAACUGGCGCGAGGUGGCCGUCGGGGACAGCACUGGCAUGGCCCGGGUCCGCACCUCCGUCUCCCAGCAACGACACGGGGGCUCCGCCUCCUCGGUCUCGGCCUCGGCCUCGGCCUUCGCCACCACCUACCGCCAGCCGCCCUCCUUCCCUCAGCAGUUCCCCUACCCGCAGGCGCCCUUCGUCAGCCAGUACGAGACCUACGACCCCGCGUCGCGGACCUACGACCAGGGCUACGUGUACUACCGCGGCGGCGGCGGCGGUGGCGCGGGGGCGGCGGCCGUGGCCUCGGCGGGGGUCAUCUACCCCUUCCAGCCGCGGGCGCGCUACGAGGAGUACGGCGGAGGCGAGGAGCAGCCCGAGUACCCGCCGCAGGCCUUCUACCCGGCCCCCGAGAGGCCCUACGCGCCGCCCCCGCCGCCGCCGCCGCCGCCGCCCGCCGACGGCCUGGAUCGCCGCUACUCGCACAGCCUGUACCACGAGGGCACCGCCGGCUUCGAGCAGCCCUACCCCGACCCGGGCCCCGACGCGCCGCCCGCCGGCGGCGGCGCCUACGCCGCCGACCCCCGCCUCGGCUGGUACCCGCCCUACGCCAACGUGCCGCCCGAGGCCUACGUCCCGCCGCGGGCCGUGGAGCCGCAGCCCCCGUUCCGCGUGCUGGAGCCGCCCUACCUGCCGGUGCGCAGCUCCGACGCGCCCCCGCCCGGUGGGGAGCGCGGCGGCGCGCAGCAGGGCCGCCUCAGCGUGGGCAGCGUGUACCGGCCCAACCAGAACGGCCGCGGUCUCCCUGACUUGGUCCCGGACCCCAACUACGUGCAAGCAUCCACUUAUGUCCAGAGAGCCCACCUGUACUCUCUGCGCUGUGCUGCGGAGGAGAAGUGUCUGGCCAGCACGGCCUACACUCCCGAGGCCACUGACUACGACGUGCGGGUGCUACUCCGCUUCCCCCAGCGAGUGAAGAACCAGGGCGCCGCGGACUUCCUCCCGCACCGGCCACGGCACGCCUGGGAGUGGCACAGCUGUCACCAACAUUACCACAGCAUGGAUGAGUUCAGCCACUACGACCUGCUGGAUGCAGCCACAGGCAAGAAGGUAGCCGAGGGCCACAAGGCCAGCUUCUGCCUGGAGGACAGCACCUGUGACUUCGGCAACCUCAAGCGCUACGCAUGCACCUCUCACACGCAGGGCCUGAGCCCCGGCUGCUAUGACACUUACAACGCGGACAUCGACUGCCAGUGGAUUGACAUAACUGAUGUGCAGCCCGGGAACUAUGUCCUCAAGGUUCACGUGAACCCGAAGUAUAUUGUUUUGGAGUCUGACUUCACCAACAAUGUGGUGAGAUGCAACAUUCACUAUACAGGUCGCUAUGUUUCUACAACAAACUGCAAGAUUGUCCAAUCCUGAUCUUGGAGAGGAUGGACACACGGCCAAUGUCCCCACUUCCCAAAGCCGGCCCGGCUCCCCAGGAAGCCUCCUGCCAGGACAGACCUGGCCCCGAGGGGCCCAGCCCCCACCCACAGGCAGGGGCAGCCGGAAGCCACAGGCAUCCCUCCCUGCCGGCCUCAGGGAGCAAACGCAGACCGAAACCACAGGGAUUCCGGAUGCCAGGCCCAAUUUUGUACUUAACUCUUCUCUACAACGUUAUUUUGUCGAUGGUUGGUUUUUAUUGUUUGUAUUUUGGCCUUACCACAGAGCAAGAUUGCCCAGGCCCCGGGCUGAAUAAAACAAGGUUUUUCUA